GUCAGUACGCGGUUUCACUUAUCACGGUUAGUCGUGCGUCUGUUGGUCGUUGUCCCAGCGUGUUUUGUUAUUGUUUUAGUGAUUACGCGUGUUUUAACGAUAAUAAUAAUAAUAAUAAUAUUUGCGCGUAGUAAUUGACUGUUUUUUUUGUUUUUUAUCGUCGUCCCUCGCUGGUCUCUUCAAAUCGGUUCGUCGAACACCCGAGGAUUCACCGUCUGGCAAGAGUUAAACUCGAGAUUAUGGCAAAUAAAAAAUCUGAAAAAGUCGUAUGUAUCAUUGUCGUUUGUUUUAAAACCAAUUGAUGAAAUACAAUGUCACCAGAAAAUGUAUGCCCGAGAUUCAAACAAAAUGCUUGGAAAAAAGAACUGUGCUCAAAUUGUUUUCGUCCGAAAGAGGAGCACCCCGAGAAGCCCAAACGGGUACAUGUUGACUACAAACCACUACCAGAAAUAUCUCCAGCUCAGAGUAUAUUGAAAGUAAAUGGUUCGUGUGACAAAUCCCGGAAAGUUUCGUUUUCGAUCGUUGAGACUGAAGUCAUCGGAUAUGGUGGUGAAGAGUACUCGACCGAUGAAGAAUAUUCAUCGGACGAAGAAAACGGUUCGGAAUUCAUUGACUCUGGUGACGACGAAGAGCUCAAAAGACUGACCGAAGCCAACACGAACCUAAACAGCAAACCCGACAUUGUAUCCGAAAAGGUCGUUGUCGGAAGUAAUGUUGCAAAAAAUGCGAUCGUAGCGGUAACGGACAACAAGUCACCCGUGAAAAAACCAAUGGUACAAAACAAGUCAACACCGCUGGUCACUAUUCAGCCGUUCUGCGGGGAAUCGCCUAAAUCGCUUGUGUUCAACUUCCUAAAGAACAAAGAGAUAGCUACGGUUGCUACUUCCGCCGCCCCUGUAGCCACAGUAGCAACGUGUGAGGAGGUACAAAAAAUUGAGAAAAAAGAUACUGAAAACGUUCAACUAAGAAAGACUGAAACAACGAAAAAACCGACUUUAACUAGAAGCUCGUUGGUGGCCAAUUCCAACGAACCAUAUUUAAAUAUUAGACGGUGUAGUUUACCGGCGGAGGAGGAAGAGGCGAAACCGACGCCGCCGCCGCCAACGUCAAUGUUGACGUUGACGAACACAGAAAUCCCAAGAGCGAAACUUGUUCAUCAGCCAGAAACAGUUGCACCCGUCGAAAAAUUAAAUGGUGUGGAGGAAACCACCGAAGUUGUUUUGUCGACGAGAGAGUCGGAUGUUGAUGUAGCGGGUGGUGGCACGGCACCGUACAAAACGAGAAAUAAUGUUCCACGAAUGGGUACAAUGCACUUUAAACUGAAAUUAGCUGUGGCUUCAUCUCAAAAACCAGAACCAUUAAAACCAAUCAAUAGUAGUGCUCCCGUCGAUCCCCCCCAAGAUUCUUCGUUAUUGACCAGCAGAGAAAUGGCUGGUGAACCCGACGGUAAAGCCGACUCCGACGAGCCAGGAGAUCCGACGACCACCACAGUGAACCGAUCGUUCCUCCAUAACUUCAAAGACCAUUCGUUACCCUUGCGAGACACCUCUACCACACCUCCAAGGACGCCCACCAAAAAGACUUCAAUUACCAGCAACAGCCCACCCGAAUGUCCCAGGAGUAUCAAACGCCAAGCUCCGAAACCUCCUCCGCCGCCGCCGUCAUUGACAAUGGCCAAGAGUGCUGAACUCGCUUAUCACAGUGCUAAUAGUUCGUUUUCUGACGACGAGUUCAAACCUGACAACGUUACCAUCACAAACCGCAAGCUGUUGGCUGAAUACUGCGAACAAAUCGAAAAAGAACAGUCGCAAAAUUGUGGCAGUGGUGGAAACUGUGAACGACCAUCAUCGGCGGCUACUGUCACAUCCAAUGGUGACCCGGUGCGCGAAUCAUCCACGCUCCCGUUACCCGGAAAACGGCCUGCUUGCGAAAAGAAAAAGUAUGGUAAGGCAACCAAAGUGGGUCUUAAGAUCAAAAAAUUUCUCAGAAUACCCAGUCGGGAAUCAACAGUCGCCUCACCGCAGCAGCCGUCUACCAGGCCCAAGCUAGAAAUUAUUCAUCCGCUAGACAUCAACAAAUCUGGAGUGGAAAUUAUACAUAACUACGCUGUUGACGGACUGCUAUACACAAAAGAGCCGUCUACCAAAGCUCUGUCCAACCAUCAUCCAGCACGACCUACAAAACCACCGCCGCCGCCCAGAAGUCUUCCGCCUGUUACAAAGCUGCCACUAAAGUCUGUCCCGUCUACGGAAAUCGCAGAUUACCCUGACGCGCCGAAAACAUGCGAUUCAAGCGCGUCCGACGAAACUUAUGAACCUGUGAAUUUUUCGGCACCAGAGUGUGACCACAGUUCGCCGGAAAUGGCGCGACUAACAUCAAUGCAAUAUUACGGUAGCGAAACCGAGUCGGAUAUAUAUCCGACCAUCCAGUUUGGCGAUGACUUCGGAGCCGAAGACAGCAUUAGGAACACUCAGCCUGGACACAAGAGUCUCGAAGAGAGUUACGACGCCGUCGUAAUCGCCAAUCACGAAGCCUUGACCAAAUUAUUGGAUCAGGCGACGAGUUGUCCGAAAGUACCUAAAGAGUUGGCGGUGUUGAAGACGAGAAGCUUGGAAUGGUCCAGUUUCCAUGUAGACCCGACGAGCCGGUUGCAAAAAGCCGGUUGCGCGUUUUACAACAGCAAAUGGUACGACGUGCCGGUGGUGUUGAGCAUUUCUGGCGAACCAGUCGAGCUAAACAUUGUAUUGAAUAAUCAUUUCACCAUGACCAAAGUGACGGAGUUCGUGACGUGCGUGGAAAAAGAAUACAGUCCAGGCCCCGAAAACGAAAAAGUUUACGUUACGCUGUGGAAUGCCCAUCACAUGGAGGCCAUCGAAUCGUAUUGCAAGGAGUACAACGCCAAGUACGCAGACAUUACCAAGGAAGCUGGUCUCAUCCUAGUGGAAACUGUCAAUUUGUUGAUCGGCUUGCAGGCAUCGGACGUAAACCGGUACAGCCUGGAACCGUUUGUAGUGACUAGGAACUGUUUCGGUGCCGACCCGACCGUGGCCAUGGUUCAACUGGAAACCGAUUUACAGGAAGCGAAGGAUACGCUUUGUGAUAUCAUGCUCAAAGUGCUCAGACUGCUGGCGCCUACGUGGGAGAUGACCGUGUGCCUGUCGCAAGUGUUGCGUCAGGACCGGCCCAACUCUUUGUCCAAAUGCAAGGCGCUACUCGAGUUCUGGCUGUGGGGUCCGACCGGAGUGACAGUGUCACCCGACCGACCGCUGUCGCUGAAAAGAUGGUUGGACCUGGAACGCGCUAACGUCCUGCACGGCCACGUGUGCUCCCGUUCCGCCGACCUGUCCGUCAAGCAGAUAUGCUACAUGUCGUUUUUGGUGGUCAACGACGAUAAACUGUUCUCGGACGCAUGGACCGUGUUAGCCGAUCGCAAGAUGCGGCCGCCGCGUGAUCCGACGAUCUCUAAAUGUUAACGGCACAAACGUGUUUAGUGUUGUUUUGUUUUUGAAUUAUUUCCUUUGGGUAUCAACAAAUCUCCGAAUCAUUCUUUUCUCUCCAAAAUUCUUUAUUUUUUUUUUUUAUCAUUAUUUUAUUAAAAGUCUUAACUCUAAGUAUAACAAUAUGAUGAUUAUAGUAGCUAAAAACCGUUUCUGCGCAUUCGCGUCUAUUAUUAUUAUUCUAGGAUAAAAAUGACACUAUUGAAUAAAUUAUUAUUAUCUACUAACCCAACUGUUAAUUAUACUUUACGCGUAUUCAUGUUUGCUCAUUAACUGUUAUUAUUAUUCUAAUCUAAAUAAUAUAUAUUUAUCGUGUAGUUGCAAAGUGAUUUGCAGCCCAAUAUCUGCCAUGUUAAAAUAUUAAGUAUUUAUAAUAUAUUAUUUAGUUUUGUUAGUCAUAAGAUACUUAACGUAAGACAUGAGUAUUUAUUUGUAUGAGAAAAGAAAUGAAACAAAAAGCUCUCUAUUUUGUCAAUUAUUUUUGUAUCAAAAGAAAACCACAAAUUUACUCUUUGUGUAUUUUUGUGCUAAAUUUACUUACCUAAUAUGUAAUUUACCUACUAUAUUUUUAAACUUU